AUGUGUGUGGCACCUGAGUUGUUCGACCCCGAAAAAGCUUAUGGAGCUAUUAACGUGGCCGACAAGGUUCUUCGUGGUCCUGUUGGAAUGAAAACAUUGGAUCCAUCUGACUGGAACUACCGUCCGUACUAUAAUAACCUGGAGGACAGUGAUGACUUUGCUACCUCUAAAGGUCGAAACUAUCACCAGGGCCCUGAAUGGGUAUGGUGCUUUGGCUACUUUAUUCGAGCCUUUUUGCAAUUCCAUCAUACUGUGGCAUCCGGUGGAAAUUGCGAACCAAGCAUUGAGCUUUUAACUGCCCUCAAUGAGAGAAUCAGGGGGCACAUGAAAUGGAUCCGCCACAGCGAGUGGGCAGGGCUCACUGAAUUGACCAAUAAGGACGGAGAGUUUUGCUACGAUUCGAGUCCCACUCAAGCGUGGAGUACAUCGUGUUUGCUUGAUUUGUACUACGAUCUUUGGCAAGGACGUCUUUAUAAGUAG